CUUUUAAUUAAUUUAAACAGAACAUUUGUCUAAGUGGUUUAGAUUCCCAGUUGGUAGAAGAAAUAAAAACUGUGGCAUCUAAGCUAAGCAUGUUUGUUUCAGCAUUUUAUUUAUAAUGUAUUCCAGAACUGUUAAGAAACUUUGAGAUGCCACAAUUAAAUGUGCUAAAAUACAGCAGUAAUUUGUCUUAGUACAUAAGUACGGCAAAAGUACAUACAUAGACAAAUUUGAGGGUAACCUAUAUAGUUUGAUAAUAUUUGUCUCUGGAGUUCUUUACAACUUGUUCCAUGGCAGUCAGAUGUGCUUGAACUACUGAAAUGAUGAAUUGAAAUGAGGUCUCUAGUCUUUAUGAAGUUAGUCUUCAAAAUAAAGGAUAAUCUAUAAAGUUAGUUUGUGGGCUUUGACCUCUUUCAAGUAGGUUACUUUCUGUGGACUGUCAUGGAAAUAGUAAAUACUUUAGUCACCACACAUUAACUAAUGUGGUCUUUGGUUUCUCAAAUAAGACUGACACUAGGCUGUUUUUUGUUUAUGGAAAAGCUAAUUCCUGAUCUUUGCAUCUAUUUUAGUAAUAGUUAUGCACGAGUGCGAGCUGUGGUGAUGACCCGAGAUGACUCAAGUGGUGGAUGGUUACCACUUGGAGGGAGUGGACUAAGCAGCGUCACUGUCUUCAAAGUCCCUCAUCAGGAAGAGAAUGGCUGUGCUGACUUUUUCAUCCGUGGAGAGCGACUCAGGGACAAAAUGGUGGUUUUGGAAUGUAUGCUUAAAAAAGACCUCAUUUAUAAUAAGGUCACUCCAACAUUUCAUCACUGGAAGAUUGAUGACAAGAAGUUUGGCCUUACCUUUCAAAGUCCUGCUGAUGCUAGGGCUUUUGAUAGAGGCAUUCGAAGAGCUAUAGAGGAUAUUUCUCAAGGAUGUCCCGAAUCAAAAAAUGAAGCUGAGGGAGCAGAUGACUUACAAGCAACCGAAGAGGAUACUUCCAGUUCUCUAGUGAAGGAUCACCUUUUCCAGCAAGAGACGGUUGUUACCAGUGAGCCUUAUAGAAGCUCAAAUGUAAGACUUUCUCCCUUUGAAGAUCUGAAUCCCAGAAGAGUCUACAUGCAAAGCCAAGCUAAUCAGAUAACAUUCAGUCAGCCAGGACUAGAUACUCAGAGCAGAAAUAUGGAAUAUGUACAGCGGCAAAUAUCCAAGGAAUGUGGAAGCCUAAAGUCCCAAAAUAGGGUCCCUUUGAAAUCAAUCAGACAUGUCAGCUUUCAAGAUGAGGAUGAGAUUGUCAGAAUAAACCCUCGAGAUAUAUUAAUACGGCGUUAUGCAGACUACAGACAUCCUGACAUGUGGAAAAAUGACUUGGAGAGAGAUGAUACUGACUCCAAUAUUCACUUUCCUAAACCAGACAGUAAAAAAUCAGACUAUCUGUACUCUUGUGGGGAUGAGACUAAGUUAAGUUCACUCAAAGACUCUGUGGUAUUUAAGACACAACCUUCCUCAUUAAAAUUUAAGAAGUCAAAACGAAGAAAAGAGGACGGUGAACGUUCUCGCUGCGUUUACUGCCAGGAGAGGUUUAAUCAUGAAGAAAAUGGCAGGGGAAAAUGUCAGGAUGCUCCAGACCCUAUUAAAAGAUGCAUAUAUCAAGUUAGUUGCAUGCUCUGUGCAGAGAGCAUGUUGUAUCAUUGUAUGUCAGACUCAGAGGGAGAUUUUUCUGAUCCCUGUUCAUGUGACACUAGUGAUGACAAGUUCUGCUUACGAUGGUUAGCCCUGGUAGCUUUGUCUUUCAUUGUACCAUGUAUGUGCUGCUACGUCCCUUUGAGAAUGUGCCAUUGCUGUGGCGAGGCAUGUGGUUGCUGUGGUGGGAAACAUAAAGCUGCUGGAUGAAAUGAUCCAGUGCCAAAAUGAGCUUAAAAUCUUUGUUUCCAGGAAUUAGCUAACUUGGAUUUGUGGAAGCUUUUGGCAAGCAAUAUGGAAUCUUGCCUGGUAUCAUUGGGGCCACGCGUGGAGGAAGCAGAAUUCGUCAGUUCUUGGCAUUUCACAAAUGCUCGCCAUGCCUAACUUUUUCCCUUGAGUGCGUGGCAUGUUUUGUUACAGGUUGUAGUAUUUGCAGAAGGAAACCAUUUCUGGUUAUUGGCUAUAUAAAGUCAGGAUAAAAUAUGAUCCAACUAAAAGGGAUUAACUUUUUGGCAUUUUUGUAUAUUUAUGCAUUAGGUGAUGGGACUUUUAAAGGUUCGAAUUUAUUAGGACAUGAACUAAAAAUAAAAAUGCACUAGGGGACAGUUGAUUUCAGUCUAAGAAAAGUUAACACUUGGGAAUUAUAAGAAGUAAAACAAAUGCAACUAAAUCAUUUAUUAGUUGUUUUUUGAAAGCAGUUUUAUGUAUAAAUAACAAAUGUUUAUAUUUAACUAAAUGUAAGGUACGAAUUAUUACAUAUUAAACCUUUCUUCCCCUUCCUAGUUCUGAAGUAGAUAUACAUCUAUCUACUGUCACAUUCCAUAUAUUUUGAAUAUUUAACUCAUCUAGUUAACAUUUUUAUUCCAUGUGAAUGAUUUGAUAUUUUCAUCCUCAUUUCUCUUUGGCUACAAUUUAUAUUGAGUUAUAUCUGUACAUUCUGGUAAUCUAAAGUCCUUAAAAAUAUUCUAAUAGCCUUGAGUGACCAACUUUUUUUAAAGCACAGAUGUAAUUGUCUAAUGUUCUGAUGGGAACGUAACACUUAUUUUUAUAUAAAAAGAGACUGAGUAAACAUAGAAAAAAGUGAGGUUUUUUAGUUGUUUGUUUUUUGUGGUAUUCAACCAGCAAGUUGUUUUCUUUCAGAGUUUCCUCCUUCAAAAAAUCAUACUGCAUUUACAAAUGUUUUACAAGGCAAAAAGUGUAACUGGAUAGUUAUUGUAAAAGUUUCCUCUUGAGAUCUCCAUUUAUCAUUCUGCUAACCCAGAAUAUGUUCAGCUAUGUUACUAAUUUUUUAACUUAAUCCUCAGUGCUUAUUAUUUACAUAACAAUGAUAGCUUUUCUCAGUUGCAUUUUAUUUUUAUUUAAACUGGCCAAAAGCAGAAUUAUUUUAUGUUAAAAUGUGUGCUAAACUAUCCCAGGAAAGUAUUUAAUCCAACAUUGUGAAUGAAAUAUUUUGUACAUAUAAAUUUAUUUCUUUUGCAGAGCAUUAUAUUACUGGAUGUUUAAUUUACAAAGUAGUUGGAUAAAUGUUCCAACAAACUGUUUUAAGUACCUUGAGGUCAUUUUUUUUUUAAGUGUUACAUUAAAACUCUAACCAAGGAAAGAGUUCUUUAAGAACAUUCCCUUAGAGGGAUAAAGUUGAGAAGUGUGCCUUUUUUUUUUUUUUUUUUUUUAAUGGCUUGAAGUUGAUGUUUCAGAGGUGAUAAAAAUUAAAAUCACACUACCAUUGGAAGCUCAUUUUCUAUGCAGGUUUUUAAAUGUCAUUUAUGUAUCAUUCUUUUUAUAUAUCACACUUAAGCCUGUGUUAUCUUUUUUCUUUUGCCCCAGAUCAAACUGAACAAUGUAUAUAACACUAUCUGUCUGUAAAAUACUUUUUUUUUAAGAAAGCAUUUAUAUUUAUAUGACAGCUUGAACUGACAACAUUGUGUAUAUAGAUCAUCUUGAAGUAUUAUUUCACAUUGAAAAGAAGAAAAAUAUAUUGAUAACUAUAGAUGUUAUGAAGAAGAGGGUAUUUCUAGUUUUGUACUAAAAAUCAAUUGGAUGAACUAAAUCCAAAACAUGACAUUGUAGCAGCAAUUUUAAGUCUUAUUUUUACUGUUUGUAUAUUUGAAUGCUGCUAUACCAGAUGAUCUUCAUCCCUGAAGUUUUCAGCUAAACUUGGUUUCCUAGAAUAGACUGUUAACUUACAAAAUUAAUUUUUAUUGGUGAAGCGGAAAUAUUGGUUUUCCUUGUGAAUGAAUUUUCAUAUUUGUAAGUGCUGAGUUUAUAAUUCAGGUUUGAGCAAGGUGUGAAUAACUGAAGAAAAUAACUUGCUGGCUAUAUAGGAAAAUGCUGUGGAAGUGAACUGUGUAUAUACUUCUGGGAAGAACAAAUUUAAUCAUUUCUUCUGUUAAGCACUAAUCAGUAUAGUGCAACUCCUGGUUCUGUACUGUAUUUUAUAUGCGACAUAUAUGCUUUAAUAUUUUAAUGUUUGUGCAUUAAUAUUUUCAAUUUGUUUAACCACUUUGCUGCUAAGAUUUUGCCGUCCCAUUCCCAUUUUUUCCUUUACAAUUUUAAACAAAUUUCUUCAUUAAAAACUAUGGUGAUGAAAUGGUUUUUAUUUCACCUUGGAUCUUUAUAGUUAAAACACCCAGUUUCCAAAUCAGUCUAGAAGACUAACUGGUGAUAUACUGUUAUCUGAAUCCCUGUGUGGAAAUUUUCUCUUCAGUGAAUUAGAAUUCGUAUUGAAAACAAAUGGAUAGUUUAAAUCUCUGAUUUUUAAACAUGUGUUAUAGGUACAUUCAGGAAGAUUUUCUCAUUCUCUCUACAAAUUUGGCAUUGCCUGCCAAUUGGCUUUUCCUCUAAAACUUUUCUUUGUUUUUAAUCUUAGUAUAAGCAAAUGGCUCAACAAAACUGCUUGAGUAGUAGUAAAUAUUGAAGAAGAAAUCAUCUAGAUGGCAUAAGAAGAAAAACUUUGGUCUGAUUAGCUUAUUUUGUUUAGUGUAAUGAUAUUUCUUCUGUCUCGAAAAGAGGAAAUUUUUGAUUUGUGAAGAAAUACGUGAUGUGGAGCUUCAGCACCACCUACUGGAUGGUUUCCAGACCAGAGACAUGAGAUGGCAAUAGGGAUCUCACAGGGAUCAUCACUACCACCAAAGGGCUAUUUGAGUGGUGGCCACCUCCUACCAGCGAAACCAGCAGUAAGAAAUAUUUCAAAGGAACUUUAAAAUGAUUCUUUUUCCCUAAUGUGUCUUGUUGGCUCACUGAAAGAUUUUAAGCACUUUUGUCUUACAUAUCCUGUUUUAAAAUAUUUAUUGAUGUUUGGGACUGGCAGUCAGUCUUAAUGGAUGUGCUGAGACAUUUAUAGAACCAGUUCCUUUAACUCUGAAAAGCCAUUACCAAAAUGAUAUUCUUAUUUUUUCCUUCCAUUGCCAGUCAGGGAGAAUGAAAAACAAAAACAAAAAAACCAUAAUCACCUGUAUUUCAUUUUGAAUUUCAGAGAGAGUGUGUGUAUGUUUCUGAGAUAAUGAUGGGGCAGGGGGUAGAAAUUUAAAGGGAAAGACUCGAAACUACCUAUUUUCAUUGGUUGUUCAGCAGUGCCUAAAAUGAGCUUUUGAAACAAUACAAAUGCACUUUCAAUUCAUGUGUAUAGUGCCAUCUGAUAUCUUGGGUAAGUCUGGCUAUUUCUUUUUCCUCCCUCCUCCUCCUUAAUUGAAUGGCACAGAGAUGUUUCUUUAAUAUCCAUGUAAGUCUACAGAGUACAGGAAACAUGUACUUCUAGAUGGGCAAUGUAAAGAACUUUAAGGAUAUUUCUCUUGUUGAAACUUACUUUAGGUUUUGUGAUUACACUUGGAAAUAUAUGUUUAAGAUUGGGUUUUUAGUUGUAGCCCAAAGGUGCAUUAAGCAAGUGUAGCAAUUUUCUACGUGAAACUUAAAAAACGUUAGUUACCUGAAACACACGGAUUCUUUACUAAGUAAUCUCAUUCUUGAUUUGAUCUCUAUGAUCACAUUUCUAAAUAUAAGAGAAAGCACUAGAAACUUGGAUUAUUGUUGCACUAAAAAAAUUAGACUAUAAAUCAUGAUAAUAAUAGCACCACAAGGUGUUUCACAGUGAGUCAAACAUUAAAAAAAAAAAAAGAAUGUUUAAGAAAAGAAACACAACCUGAGGUAAUUGAUAUAAACCAAAAACAAAACAAAAGGGCUUUAAGGUACUGUUUGCCUAGCAGCCAGGUGGUUACAAAACUUUCAUAUGCUUUGGUACACUGAUAAAUGUUAGCCUUUGUUCCUGAAAGCUUCUUAAAUUGCAUAAAUUGUUUUGAAAAUUUUCAAGAAUAAUCUAGUUGAAAAGCCUUUGUAU